CACGGCCAUGUUCGCGACCGAGCAGCCUCCCCGUCCGCGAGUGCAGAACAGAAAAGAUCGUCGUCGUAGCAGGACCGUGUUCCGUCGCGGAUUGUGAAAAUCUAGUGAAAAACGGUUCCAAUGACUAAUCGAGUCAGUUCGAUUUUUUCUCAAAAUGCCAAAAGUGUGUAAUUGUUGACGGAUUGAGGUGAAAUAUUUGGAUUUUUGUGCAGGUGAACUUUUUUUGGGGUGAAAAGUGCGUGUGCUUGUGGGAGUUGUGUGUGUGUUUAGUGCGAAAUUCUUCGGGCGCUCCUCCGUCGAGCAGAAAAGUUUGAAAACAGUAAAAAUUAGUGAAAUUGCGAGUACGAAGCUAGAGGAACACAAUGCAAGCUGAAAAUUGGUGAAAUUCGUAAUAGUGUGUCCACUAAAAGGCCCGAGAAAAUUGCCAGAUUGACGGAUUGUUGGCCUCUGCUAGAGAAGAAAGUCCGUCGUCAUCAUCGUGCAGCACGGACGGACACAAGACGAAGUGGGGAGGAGCUGUCAUUCGUCAUACAAAACCGAAUUUCUUUCCUGCCUGAUUCUCGAAAGUGGUCUAGUUCGGAACAUUCGAAGAAGACACCGUGGCCGUGGCUUGACCCAGAAUCCAGAACAAAGCCAGCAACAGGAGAGGAAGGGUGAAGAAAGAAUUUUCCUCGAGUGAAGAGGGGAACGAGGAGCGAAGAAAAACGGGACUGUCCUCGAAAAGUCUUUCCUUGACCCAGCCAGAUUGGCCAGAAAUGCACCAACAGUGAGACACGAACCGAAUCGAACUCAGCGUUGGCGGUGUGUUGCUUGCUACUACCACCACUACCCCAUAUCAACGACGACACUCGGAGAAUCGCGGCGGUGUAGUAGGUUCGCCCGGCCGGAAGAGCUGGACCCCUCCGAACGCGGACCAAUCGUGCGGUGCAUUUUCCGCGGAAUUGAGCGUUCCGUUGAGGAAUCAGGGCGCUGUGGUUGAACCGUGGCCAGGAACCGCCCCGGAAGGUGCCAGCUUGCGCGCAGUCGAACUGUCCGUGUCUCGUGGAUUACUCAUCACUGUUGGGUGUCAUAGCUCGAUUGCUUAGUGUGUAAAAGUGGAAGAAUUCCGUCAUCGGUUCCAGAGUGUGCUGACAUCGUGUGAGGGAGUGUGUGCGAAGCAAGAGAGAUUGUGUGUGUGCGCGUGUCAAUUUGUUUGAUUAAGAGUUUAUUUUCGCUGCAAUCUAAUUUGCCUCCAAAGCAAGUGAAACAAUAGCAGCGCGCAAACAACACCACAAAGUGAAACAAAUCUAGCGGUUCGCGAAAAAAAACGCGAAUUGGUGGGAGUGUUGGGUGUGCGAAGAAGAAAGUGGAAUACCCUGCCUGUAGUGGGUAGCGCCGGCUGUAGAAGCAGAGUGGCGGACGAAGAGCCACGAGAGUUUGGAAAAUUUUGGAGGAGAAAGUAAUUGCUUUUUGACGACGGAGAAGGCAUUCCAAAUAAACAGUGAGACAGAAGAAGAAGAAGGGAAUUGCGAGUGACGAGGUCGUGUAAAAAGUGUCACAACACGCGUGAGAUCGCCCAUGUGCGGCGUAUUAUCUGCUGCUAGGAGGAGUGAUUAAGAGAGCGCCCACCCGGACUACGCUCGUGGAUUGAAUGGAUUCGCAGAAGCAGCAGCAGCAAAGAUCAUCGGGCAGCGAGAUGGAGACGAUGGAGUCCCGUUUAGCCAAACAGCGCGCCUCGGUCAAGUGGCUCCUGUCGAAGGCGUACAACAACCGGGUGCCGGAGUUCCUCAAAGAUCCCUUCUACCGGGACCACGAGGGCCUGGACCACCUGAAGCCACAGAUCGUGGUCGGGCUCGGGAACGCGUCCAUCUACUGCCAGGUGCUGAGCAACAUCUACUCGGACCCAAACUACCAGAGCCUGAACCACUGGUCCAUCCUGCAGACGCUGUCCCGGAAGGGCGUGCCACUGAACGAGUCCCCCGACCUGCCCCUCACGGAGACCGUCCUGAUCCAGACGAAUCCUCUUAGAAUUAAUGCCCACAUGACUGUGAUAGAAGCGAUGAUGGUGUUGUACGCAAAAGAAGUGGCUUCCAGUGGAAGAAUUUCCAGUGCUUUAGAAAGAAUAUCUGGCCGCAGUACGUCCCAGCCCGCCCAGCACCACGAAGCUGCCUUACUCGGUUGGGUUUCACACGUGUGCAGCGCGCUGAAGCGACGGAUCGACUACGAGCAGGCCAACGGUGGAGGCGGCGGCAGCGGUUCCGGCGGAGGCCCUGCUGUCGAUGAAUACGGUCAACGGCUACCAAGUCCGGACAUUCCGCCGCUGCGAGAUUUUCGCGAGCUGUGCGACGGCGUCUGCCUAGCUUAUCUAAUAUCGUACUAUUGUCCCAAACUAGUUCCUUGGCCUAGCGUACACUUUAAUCACGUUCCAACCAUCGAGGACUCUAUUCACAACAUCCUCAUAGUUAGUAAUUUCUCCGAGCGAAAUUUGCCAUACUCCGUGUUUCACAUGACGCCAGAAGAUAUUACCUACAUGCGAGGAGCCAUGAAGCAAAAUCUGGUCGUCCUGCUGGCAGAUCUGUUCAAUGUGUUCGAGAUCCAUCCGGCCAAAUGCGUUUGCUACCCGGGCAUGGAACAGCAGCAGGUAACAGAUUCCGGAACAAACGAGCACGGAAUCGCCCACCGGCGUGGCUUCGCGAACCAGCCGGCCGUCGUGGCCAUUCCCGAGCUGCGCAGCGGACUCGAUUCUCCACCGGGCAGCGCCUGCAGUGGUGCCAGCAGCGGUGGCGGCAGCAGUGGCCCUCACUCCAGCCGCCCACCUUUCCAAGUGACACGCUCUCCAUCUGCCAACACCCUCCGGAAACACCACUCCACCCGGGACAUGCAUGACCAGCAGCAACAACAGAUGCAGCCACAACAGCCCUACCAUCAGCAGCCACAGUAUUCACAACAUCAGCCACAGGAUCAGUACCAGGAUUCAAAUGAAGGAUUCGUGGUGCAUCGAAGUAAAGGAGUGCCAACGUUGUCUUCAAUGCAUGAACCGCUUGUGCCGGCCCGAAUACGGCAAGCCAAGGAGAAAACCAACAACGAUUCCAAGGCGGAGGAACGCGGCGAUAGUAUUCCAGCAGGUCGGCCCAGCAACUGGGAGGAUACCCGGAAGCCGAGCUUUUCAGGUCGUCGUUCGCGGCGCAGCUCAUUCAGCGAAGACUCCCAGCUAACGAUCGAGAACUUUGGGGGCUCCCAGGACCAGCUGAACACGAUCGGACGGUUCGAGCGCGAGCGCAAAAUCUCCAACACGAGUCUGACGUCGGCCUCGGUAGAACCCGUUACGCCGGUGCGAUCAUCCCUCGCAGACGCCCGCGGCUCGAUCCAGUUCGGCUACGACACGGACUCGUCCGGCAACGAGAAACAGGACCGGGACACCGAGAAGCCCACGCCAACCCUGCGACGCCACAACAGCACGAAUCUACAUUCCACCACCAGCAACAGCGUUGAGAAAGACAUUAUCGAUGGUGAUAUGAGCUACAUCGGAGGAGGGGGUGGCGGCGGCGGCGGAGGUGGAGGCGGCGGUCCGGUCAGUGUGUCCGAUGUGGUGGAAGCUGCGCCGCGGAGGAAAACCUCCUUCGCGGCGCUGCCCCACAAUACGACCACGUGGCAGCAGCAGGCGAUAAGUGUGCAAAAAAUGGAAGAUGCCGACGAAUCCGCACCGGGCUACGAAGACGCGAGCAAAAUUUCCACCAUCAAGCUGAAGCUGGAGGAAAAGCGGCGCCUGAUCGAGCAGGAAAAGCGCCGCAUGGAGUCGGCCUGGUCCAAGCAGCUGCAAACGGUUGGAAAACAAGCUUUACAAGCCAUUAACAAGGGCAAGGGUGGUGGCGGAGGCGUCGGUGGCAGCAUGUCAGAGUCGGACACUUCCAAAGAGUCCGGCGAUGGCGGCACGGUCAUGGAAGACUCGAUUAGUGGCACGAUGGAACGGGCCGAACGACCAUGUUCUCUAAAGGAUUUGGAUGAUCAGAGUAAAUAUGAGUCAAAGUGGAAUGCACAAAUCAUCGAGCCCAAGAAAACGCCAGAUUUGGAGAACAUGAACUUGGAACAGUAUCAACAAAGUAUCUCACAUAUGAACACAAACCUGCAUGACAUCCAGGCCGACAUCCAGCGACUCACCCAGCAGCAGAACCAGAUCCAGGCACAGGCCCUGCAAGCCCAGCAGCUCAUCCACGCGCAGCAAAUCGCAAAUCUGCUCAGCCAGCAAUACGGCUCCCAGCAAAACAUCCAACAGAGCAUCCCCGGCACGUACCGGCCCAUCAACACUCAGCUGUACAGUUCUAGUCCACAUUUGCCACAGCAAGCCGCACCGCUACUGCAGCAACAGCAGCAAUCCCCAAUAAACUACGGCACGCGGCCACCAAGCCGAGAUCCCUACCUGACGCAGCAGCAGCAAAUGCACACGCUUCAGUAUGUAAACGAUCAGGGACAAUACAUCCAGCAGGCCCAGCAACAGCAGCAGCAGCAGUUCAACAAUAGCCACAUGGGCUACGAGAACGGUGCCGGGCAGUACCGGAAGGAAAACCAAUACUCAUCGAAUCCAUACCUGAACAUGGACCAGCAACAGCAACAGUUUUAUCAAGACUCGAAUCACUACCGGGAUCCAUACUUACCGCAGGAGGUAAAGGAGCCUCCCAUCUCACAACAACAACAGCAGCAGCAACACAAUCAGUUCUUUCUGCACGACAACAGUGGAGGAACACCGCCGCAGCCUGCCCAACGCAGGACGUGGGCUCAGUCGGCGGCGGCUGCCGCAACCCAGCGUGGAGGUAGUGCCGCCUCCAGUGACAUAACGCUGGACAUUAACGCAUGGAACCAGGGCAUCAAGAGUUCACCGUAUAACAAAUCUCCUAGUCAAAGCGGCUUCUCGCUGCAUCACAACGGUGACUCUGGUGGACUCGGGGACGGUAGUCAGCAGCAGCGGCACGGCGGCAGCCAACAGUCAUUCCAGAACCUGUUCGAGGUUCACCACGGUUCGUCGGCCGGCAGCCCCCAGCACAGCCGAGUACGCAACCAAAUCUCCCAAAUGAUCAACCACGGCAGCAGCAACAACUCGUCACCGAGCGCCGAGACGCGUAGCCAUCACGACAGCUUCCGGGACCACCGGCCGAUGCCACUUUCGCCCCCGAUCGACGACAUGGCCCCGCAAAGCAUAUCGUUCAUCGGCGACGAAGACACCGGCGACAUCGAGAUCAACACAUCGAAAAGCAACAGCUUCGCGCAACGCCAACAGCAGCAACAGCUGGAACAGCUGUACGGAAGCAGCAGACCGGGCAGUAAAAUGCAAAACAACACCAGCAACGGUCAGGAGCUGGACAAACACCUGAGCAAGCUGAACAUCACCAGUGGCAAUCGCACGUACCGAAUUCCGUCGCCAACGCGACCCACCCUCAACUCCAACAGUUUCCAUGAUCCCCAGCAGGACGACGUCAACGAGAAGGGCUACAUCUCGUUCGACAACGAGCAGCCAAGGCCCAAGCCGCCGCUACGGACGAAGCGCUCGCCCAAAAACAAACUGGGCGGCAGCGACGUGGACCUCAGCGAAAAGAGCAAAGAAUCCGAAAAGUUCAGCCAUAGAGAAAACAAUCAAAACAAUUUUGGCACCUUCAGCGUCAAGACGGCCAACAGCUUCGGGGCCAACUUCAACGAGGAACAGGUCGUGGGUCGCAAGAGUAUCAUCGACAGUGCAACGUCACCGUUCGAGACGGCGCCCGCUGGAAAUCGGUCCGGCAGUAGCAACAACAACAGCCUGAGCGCGGGCAUGGCGGCCACCAUGGGCCGGAACAUGGACGGCGAGUGGCGCCACCACCAGGAGGACAUGACGAACCAUGCCAACAACAACAACAACAACAUCCACCACUACAACAACAACAACGGCAGCAGUAACGGUGUCGACGGGUACGGAAGCGAGAACGAGCGGAAGGCCAAACUUGUGAUAGGGACCGACGUGUCCAACCUGGAUCCGAACUCCGUCGACGAGAUGGAACGCAAAAAGGAGAAGAUCAUGCUGCAGUCGCUCCAGCGGCGACAGCAGGCCGAGGAGGCCAAAGCGCGCAAAGAGAUCGAGGCGAUGCAGCGGCGGGAAAAGGAGCGAAAGGAGGAGGAACGAGCGCGCAAAAAGGAGGAACAGUUUGCCCGGCGGCAGCAGAUCCUCGAAGCGCACAAGGUCAAAAAAGCCAUCGAAGAAGCGGAGAGAGAAGGUAAGACCAUUGACCGGGAGCUGUUGAUGAAGCACCAGCAGCACCAGGCCAUGAUGAACCAGUCAUCGUCAGCGCAACUGCACCAAACCCCAACCCCAGCGGCCAAAAUGCGACCUCAGAAGCUGAGCCGGCCUCGGCCCAAGACCAUCCACGUGGAGACCGGUUCGGUGGACCUGAGCGAAACGUCCAGCCUCAGCAGUCGGGGCAAAAAGGGCUCCAACUCGAAUUUGACCGGAAUCGGCCUGCAGAGUUCCAACUCCAUGCGACGAGAUUACUACCGAGGAUCGCAGGAUUCACUAGCAAUAAGAGAAUCACCGGAUGAAUCAAGUAGCAGCUCAACACCGAUCGGCCGACGAGGCUCGUACAAAACUGGAAGAGAACCGGCGACGAUCGAACGCGGUCGUACCCUAUCACGUAUCUCGCUAGCGAAAGGUGCCAAUUUCCGGGGACGUAAAUCCAACUCCCUGAUGAAUCUAUGCGACUCCGACUCUGGGCUGGGACGUGCGACGCCUCCGAGACGUGCCCCGUCGCCCGGCAUGGGACCCUCGAGCCGGCACUUGCCGUCGCCGUCGGGUCCGGGAUCGCUUCCGCCGGGGCUCAUCACGAAAAGGCGCGGCUUCGAUGACGGCUCAAGCGACAUCUCGUCCACCGCCAGUUCCAUGAUGGACUACAACGGUCCCAAGCUGUACAAGCAGCCGGCCACCAAGUCGAACCGGGGCAUCAUCCUGAACGCCGUCGAGUACUGUGUCUUCCCGGGGGCGGUGAACCGCGACGCCAAGCAGAAGGUGCUGGAGAAGAUCGCCCGGUCCGAGGCGAAGCACUUCCUGGUGCUGUUCCGGGACGCGGGCUGCCAGUUUCGGGCGCUGUACGGGUACUGGCCGGAGAACGAGCAGAUCAUCAAGCUGUACGGCACCGGGCCGAGCCAGGUGGACGACGUGAUGUUCGACAAGUUCUUCAAGUACAACUCGGGCGGCAAGUGCUUCGCGCAAGUGCACACCAAACACCUCACCGUGACGAUCGACGCGUUCACGAUACACAACUCGCUGUGGCAGGGCAAGAAGGCAAACUUGCCGAAAAAGGACAUGGCGCUGGUCAUUUGAAGCGGUCGUCCCGGAGUCGUCCAAUAAUGCAGCACGAAUGUGAUGAUGGCACAGAGCAGGAGGAGGCACACGACGACACGACGCUUUGGAGGAUGGACCUAACAUCGUGUGUCAAAGAGUGAGAGCGAGUGGGAAGCUUCACCAAAAACAACUAAAAAGGCAAAGGAACAGUAUUUUCUCCUCUUAAUGUUUUAUCGUGUUACUUUAACAAACCAAACGGGAAACUAAAGUGAAUUGAGGCGAGCAAACGAGUGUCGAGCAGGGAAAUUUAGCGAGGAAUGUGCUUUUUUUCUGUACGCCAGCCAGCCAGGUAGAAUUGAGUCAGGGUCCUCGGGGAAAACGUGUCUGGGACAGUGUGUUUUCUUCAGUUGCCUAUUUUCUUUUGAAAAAGAUAUCUGUUCGGUAUUAGAUUCACUCAACAAACAAGCUCUAACCAAUUGCUGCAUGUUCUUUGAUCAAAGAAACGUAGGUGUAUAGAAUCUGUAAAUAUUUAUAAAUAUUAAUUAGUUAGCGCUCUCUUCCUAGAAGAAAGAAUGUUCCGUUGAAUCAAUUCAAGACAGCAAAAAGUCGUGCAAGUCGUGUUUAUUUCGAAGAAUAAAGUCUGCAGUCGGUGACAGGAACUUGCUUCUAAUCUCGCUAGUUUAUUUUUCUCUUUAAACAAUCGUUGAGUUCUCAAAUUCAAGUAGCAUAACACGUUGCAUUAACUUGCUGUCAACGACUGCAAACGGUAUUGCAUGCCAAAAUCACUUUUCUACAACUAAUAUUUAAUAACAAAGAAAUUGAAUGUCUAUCGGCUCAUAUUGAACAGAGAUCGCUACUUUCACUAUGUUGCUAAACUCCUCUUCCUACUCUUCACCAAAACAGUAUGUGACCUUUUCCUCAAUAGAAGCCAACCAUUACUGAAGAUCCAGAAAGAAAUGAUUAAUAUUAACACAGUACUGAAGAUUAAAUAAAAGUUUAAAACAAAUAACUAGACAAAUGAGAUGUAGUGAUAGAUUUAAGCAUUAAUUUAUUUCAAACCCCGACAUCUCCCGGAUUACAGCGUGUGAUCGUGUCCCCGUAGGACCUCACAUUCAUUGAACAACUAUUAGGUUUGCGCCCUGGACGACUGACGAGACACUUUCGCCGCGAAACGCGAGUUGUUUUUAACCGGAACCCUCACCCAUAAUAGUAAAUAACAGUCCACUAGUUGCGUAAGUAGAUGUGUCCUCUGUCCAUCCUCCCCGCGCCAGCCUCCCCCUCUCAAAUUAAACGGUAAUAAAGACUUUAACAAGGGAUGUUGAGUGAACGCGGAUCUGGUUAUCAUACUUGACAUUGUUUCUCUUUUUUUAUUAUUUACUGUAGAUUUUAGGUUUCGUUCCGUUGAGUAUUGGGCGCGAUGUGAACGGCGGCGCGUAGCGAACAAAGCAUAAACUAUUCCCAACACACGUGUCUAAUCAUUAUUUUUAAAAAAGGCGUUAUUAUUAUCUAAUUAUUUGUUUAACAACUAAUCUUGGCGAAGCGACUAAUGCGAAUGCUAGAGGGCCACAUGCAAGAGGAGAGCUGUAUAAAAGAUUAGCGACAGCAUGUUAUUAAUUAACGACAUUUAGGGCCGUAUGCCGAUCAUAAACUGAAUAAUAAGGCAAAAAA